AUGUCCACGCCGCCGGCCCACAAGAGGCGCCGUGUAGACUCCGGCAUACACAAACCCUUCGUCUCGCCCUUGAAGCGCACACCCUCAACCACCCAAGCCACUCCAGCACCCACACGCACGGCAACCGCACCCUUCACACCAUACACACCCCUCCACAGCAGCAGCCUGCGCAACAUAUCCAAUGCCACCUCCACCACACAAACCACCCCUGUAUCGCACGACCCAGAAGCCGCAGCCAUCCACCUAUCGAUCAAGAAACUCGAACACCGCAUCCGCGACCUACGCAGUCAAAACGGCAUUUUACUCCAAGCCUCGCAAAUAAACACCACCACCACCACCACCACCACUCCAUCAUCCUCAUUCCAAAGCGCAAAACCCAGACUCCAACGUCUAGCGGAAAAAUGGCGUCGAGCAUCCCAAUCAGCAGCCGAAGAAGUCUUUUCCGAUUUCUCCGCAAGGAUAAAAGACAAUGGCGGCUAUGCUUCUUUUCUAAAGCAAAGAGCAAACUACAAACCGUACGCAGAUGUUGAGGAAAAGGAAGAUGAGGGGGAUGAAGAUACUUGGAGGGACGAGAUGGGUGAAGUGCUUACUGAAAGAGGCAAAAGGCAGAGGAGAGGGGAGAUUGAGGAGAGAGUUCAGAAGCAAGAGGAUGAGGCUGAGGAGGGAGGGGAGGAAGAGUUGACGAUUGGGUGUAUGUUGCAGGUGUUGAAUAUCCCAGCCGAGGUUAUUGGUUGGGAUGAAAAGACACAGGCAUGGAAGUGA